CGAAAAGCGCGCGAUUGCAUUUAAUUGCAGCUGCAGGCCGGGCGCCAGACGUGGGCAGUACACGGGUUCCGACGCUCCAUCUCGGCGCCAGAAUGGACUUUGAGGAUUUGUCGUCGAUGCAGAUCGAGGACCUCGGCAACUUCCUCAACGAACAGAUGACCGACGGCGACGGCGACUCGUGGAAAGGCUUCUCGCUCGGCUACUCGGACGAAGACGGUUCGCCAUCGCGGCCACAGGCGCCACCGACGACGACGACGAUGGCCCAGGACUUUCACCAGGCGACGGCGUCACUCUUGAGCCUCCCGAAUUCGCCGUACCCGACGAGCUUCCAGUCGCGCCAGGUUAUCGAGUCGGCGAUGCUCGAGUUCAACGAGUUCUCGCUCGAAGACAAGAUUGCACAGCACACCAAAUCCAAGAUCCAUUCGAUGACCAACUUUGAGCCCUUCCCGAUGCAUGGCAUGCCGCCGCUGGCUUCAAUGCCCCACAAGCCACAGUCUCAUCCGCAGCCGACAAUGCAGUCCGCCGCUGAGCCGCGCGAGCAAGUGCCGGCCCACGCACCGCAAUGGUUCAAAGCGGCGAGCCCAGUGGUGUCGUCGCAUGCGUCGACACCAACGCACUCGUCGCACCCGUCGCCGACGACAUCGACGACCAACACAAUGAAGCGACCGUUCGCGACCAUGGAGGCCUGCAGCAGCGACAGCUGCAGCACGAUUGCUAACAACGACGACGACGACCGCGGGUACCGGAAAAAGUCGCGUGAAAAGAUGCGUCGACAAGAAGUCAACGUCAAGUUUGACGAGCUCACAAGCCUCUUGGGCAUGAACGACAAGGUCCGGAAGAGCGCCGUGCUCCAAGAAGCCGUUAGCUGCAUCAAGAGUCUGCGCCGCGAGCGCGACGAGCUCCGCAACGACCGCGACCGGCUCAAGCAAGAGCUGAGCAAGCUCGCGUCCUGCUUGCAGUACUCGCACAUGGGCUCGAUGGCCGCCGCAAACGCGAUGGUCAUGUCGCAGCAACUGCCGCCGCAGCACACCGCACCCAUGCCGCCUCCGGGCGUCUGCUUUCCGAUUGGCGCUAACUUUGGUUUCAACUUUGGCUCGUACAUGAACCCGGCGCCGUCGGGGGCAUCGACGCCACUGGCCAUGUGCCCGCCGAUCGCGCCCAAGCUCGAAGCGUCGCCGGGUGUCGGCAAGCCGCCGUCGUCGGCCACCAAUGCGGGUGGCAGCACGCAACUUUGAAUGGCGCAUCGUAGACCCAUAGAUAUUGUACUUGGACGAGCUUCGUACGCGCUCGUAGUGGAAGGAGCCUGGCGAGCAACCACGCCGUAUUUUGUAUGUACAUUGCUUUGCAUGAUCGCA